GCUAAAACUAUGUUAUGAUGUGAUGAUUUUCAUUUUCUUUGGUACAGGAUUCUUGUCGAGAAUUUUGUGCUAAUUUUUGCGUCUCUGGAAAUGAAAUUCCUAAGUGGUUUACCUUUCAAAAUACGAGAUCUUCUAUAACUCUUGAUCAGUCACUAGAUUGGCAUAAUAUUAACUUUCGAGGUUUUCUUACAUCUAUUGUUGUUUGUCCAAAAACGGACAAGUAUAGUAUUUAUCUUUGCAUCAGUGUUACCUUUUACCGCUUGGUCAAAAGCGAAGAUGGUAAAGAACAAAUUUAUAAAAAUGACAGUGAAUACUGGUGUGAUGAUUUUGGUGAGGGUGGUCACACGGUUGUCAUACUAUCUGAACGGGACUUGUCAGAUUGUGUAUUAUUCAGUUUUCGUUCUAUAACAAAAAUGGUGUUUGAAGAGUGCGAUAAGGAAUAUCAUGAAAUUUCUUCUGAGAUGAAGUCAUUAGAUUGUAAAGCACUCAUCAAAUUUAAUCCUAAAUAUGAUGAUCAUUUCGAGGUGAAAAAAUGUGGGAUCCAUUUGUUGUACGAUGAAAAUUAUAGAGAACCAUUGAAAACCUCCAGAAGAAGUUUUGACAAUGCUAAAAAAAAGAGGAAAGAGAAAGAGAAAGAUGAACUACAAUCCAAUAAGUUGCAAAUUUCAAAUUCCUUUGAUGGUAUAAACAGCUUAAGGCGUUGUUUCACGUCAAUUUGUCCACCACGGCAUCGGAAAUUGAGCACUCAUCAUCCAUUGAAAGGCAAUGCUCCAUUGCCCAAAUCGAUAGCAUUGGAUACUACUUGUUAUCUUACCGUAGAUUCCCCCGCCAACAUUGUGGCGAAGGGAACUAUUAUGGAAUAUGAAGGUUCCAAUGUAUGGGUGACCAUGGAUGUGGUGUUUGAUGGGAGCCCAUAUCUCCCAUUCCCAAAUGAGGAAAAUUUUUUGGUGAAGGUAAGUGAUGGGGUUGGCCAUCGUCUACUUUGGCCAAAGGAGCUAAUAAUACGAGCAACGGACAUGGUUUCUAAGAAAGUUGUUAAGAAGAAGUAUGCAACUCCAAAAAAAGUGCCUAAGAAAUCGGAAUCUGUGUAUGACAAGGUAGAUUUUGAUAUGGAGAUUGAGGACAUUGACCCAUUGGGUAAUGAAUUAGCGAUCACACCCGUUAAGUCAAAGCCCCAACAAAUGAAGGUGGACAAGAAGCGCACAAAUCUUGGGAAGAGAAAGGCCAAGGUGAUGCCAUUGAAAAUGAAGAAAAUACGACAGUCAGUGGUACUUGAGAGGGAUAUAGUACAACACAAUCCUUUUCUGAAGAUAUUCUCAAUAGUGGUUAAUCGCCUUAUACCCAAUAAACAAACAAUUCGUGUACAAACAGAUGACAACUUGUUCCAAAUAAGUUGUGUUUGA